UCAUGUAUCUUCCGCUAAUACCCGCCCUCGACAGGAGAUGUUCUGAUAACGUUCGUCAGUCUGACAGGAACGCUUGUAGUAACUGCACGUGAUAUACAGCAGCAUAAAUAUGUAUUGUUAUAACUUAUUUAGUUUGUGCUUGUGGAUUUUAUUAAUAGGCAUUGUCGCAGUGACAGCCGUCGUCUCUAAUACAGCUGAACCUCUGAAUGAAACAUCUACAACAAGUUCAAUAUCAACAUCAACAACAAGUGACAUUUCGACAACAACUACUCCAAAAGUAGCCGAUACCAACACGAUAACAAGUACAUCUACCCCAAAGCCAACACCAAUAAGAAAUUCAUCAAAAGAAGUCAUGUCAAUAACUUCUACGCCCAAAGUAGCCGAUACCAACACGAUAACAAGUACAUCUACCCCAAAGCCAACACCAAUAAGAAAUUCAUCAAAAGAAGUCAUGUCAAUAACUUCUACGCCCAAAGUAGCCGAUACCAACACGAUAACAAGUACAUCUACCCCAAAGCCAACACCAAUAAGAAAUUCAUCAAAAGAAGUCAUGUCAAUAACUUCUACGCCCAAAGUAGCCGAUACCAACAUGACAACAAGUACAUCUACCCCAAAGCCAACACCAAUAAGAAAUUCAUCAAAAGAAGUCAUGUCAAUAACUUCUACGCCCAAAGGUAUGUAA